AAGUGUCUGUUUCGCAACUAAAGAAAAAAGGAAACCACAUGGGCAUGCGCGAUUACAGUUAAUGGGCGUGUUUAAAUCAGCACUUUGUACAGUCAGAAGCACUCUGACACUACGCCGCUUCACUCGCAAGUCAUUUAUAGUUCAACGUCAAGAUGCCGAGCCUGGCUGUGUUGUGCUGUGCCAUGCUGCUUCUGCUUGAGGGUCCGCUUGGUGGGACGUGUCAAGAGGGUCACCGACCCACCGGCAGCUUUCAGUGCAGCCCCUCUGUCCAGGAACUGGCCUGCGCUGAUGGGAAGCGUUGUUGUCGGGAGGGUCACCGCUGCAGUGCCGACAGCCUGUGGUGCUUCAAACCGGAGUCGGUGGUGCUGUGCAGCGACAAGGCUUCCGAGUGCCCCAACGGCAGCACUUGUUGCGAGACCCCGCAAGGCACUUGGGGAUGCUGCCCCCUGUCAAAGGCCGUGUGCUGUGAAGACAAAGUGCACUGUUGCCCGGCGGGCAGCUUGUGUGACGUGCAACGCUCCGUCUGCGUCUCCCCUGAGGACGGCGAGGACACGCCGAUGUGGGACAAGCUUCCUGCCAGGAGGAGAGCCAACUGGGAGAACCGGCAAGCCAAUAUCGUCCUCUGUGACGACAAAGUCCACUGCAGAGAUGGCACCACUUGUUGUAAAAACACACAAGGUCAAUGGUCCUGCUGUCCUCUACCAGAGGCGGUUUGCUGCAGUGAUUACCUCCACUGCUGCCCUAAAGGUCACAGGUGCAACAUAGCCGCUCAGACGUGCGAUCUGGAAUGGCGCUCGGUGCCCUGGUUGGAGAAAGAGCCCGCCACGCCCAGGCAGCAGGAAAUGGAAGUGAAAUGCGACGCCACACACACUUGCGCUGAGAGCUCCACCUGCUGCAAGACCCAAACUGGAGCAUGGGGAUGCUGCCCUCUCCCUCAGGCCGUGUGCUGUCCCGACGGCCACCACUGCUGUCCCACUGACUACACGUGCGACGAGAUGCGCAGCAAAUGCGUCAAAGGGAACGUGGCGCUCCCGUGGUACCCUCAACUUCCGGCAAGCAUCCCUUCUAUGGUCCCGCUCCGGACCCUCGUCACCGCCGUAAAGCUGGGAUUUGUAAUGUGCGACGAUGGGAGCCUGUGCAACGACGGGCAGACCUGCUGCAAGAUUUCGCCCACGGAAUGGGGAUGCUGCCCUUUUGCUAAUGCGGUGUGUUGCAGUGACAUGAAGCACUGCUGUCGGGCCGGCUACAGGUGCACGGCUGGAGGCCAGUGCAUCUUGAACGGCGACCUUCCCUGGCUCAUGUUGCCCUCUAACACCAACAAAAAGCAACAGUUUGAUGAGGUGUGAAACGCUGCCCUUUUGUUUCCUUCUGUACUACAUAAAACAUACCAAUGUGAAAAUCCUGUUCACUGAUAUAUUGUGGUAGAUGUUCUAAUUGUAGUCUCAACAAUACAUUAAAGAUUUAACGUGAUUGGAAGCUCAAA